AUGACUUCAUCUCCAAGAGUUAUAACUGUGGAUUUUCGAGGAAACGUGGUGAAAAAGUUUACGACCGAGGAACCCAUUACUAGGCGGCGCUUGCUUGCAACAUCUCGCACGUCUUCGGACACAAGAUUCUUAUUCCACUCCAGAGAUACGACGCUUUUUUACGCUAUGGAUUCAGGGUUCUUCGAUAUUCCACAGCCCGAGGAUGAAAUUGAGAAAAGUAAAAAAAAAAAAAAAAAACGACAAAAUGAUGAUAUCUGGAAAAAUGUAACCGAGUUUUGGAGGAACACUGUCGAUAUUCAGGUCAACUUUGAAGAGAACCAAAGCUGGGAUUGGGAGAACCCAUUGUGGUAUGGCCUUCAACUGAUGGCCAGCACCAAGAAGAGACGAGUGAGCAACAUCCCAACAGAAGAGAGCCUCUCAAGGAGCUUGAAGACUCUAUUUACUAUCACCUCACCAAACGGUCUUUUUCCUGGCCUCCUUGGUCCGGGUAAGACUCCAAAACCUUUUGAGGAUGAGCUUGAUCGGGAUAGUUACUGGCACGCAGUGUUUGAGAUCCCUUAUUUGCUUUGGAACUAUGGCAGAGCUUAUUUGGAGACUAUACCAACCCAAAGGAAAACCCAUGAAAGCGACAUCGAGUUCUCAACUCAACAAGUAUUGGACAUCGCAACCCCGAACGUCAGAGACCCUCCAAAGGCUCUUGAAAUUUCCAAGGAUGGCUGGCGACCAAAAGAAUUCUUCAAGAAGACAGUACCGUUUAGCAACUUCAACAAACUCAUCGACCAAAAUGGGAUCAUUGACAUACAGGAUGACUGGCUAUUAACUGGGCCAAGCUCGAUAGAGUUUCGAGUUAAACCACAUAUCCCCAAAACUUUCCACGAAGAGCUGGAAAGCGACCACGAGGUCAUCCCUGAAGCGACAAAACGGUACAUCGAAAAGAGUUAUCGGGAUGACCAAAAUUUCAAGGGCGCAGUCAUUGAUGCGCCUGGCUGCAACAAAGAUGGAAGAAAAACGAAUUUGUCAGAGGUCCAACUUCUGCGCAAUUCAAAGUUUUCGGAAGCUCUCAAACGGAUACGAACUGUUCAAGAAGCCAAGAAACGGUUAAUCUGGCUACCGAGUGGAGACAGACUAACGGCAUUGCAUAGCUAUCUGGCUUCUCCAUCAAAAGAGCGAGACAACCUGUCGUCUUUCUUCGACAGACAUGCCUCGUACGAGAAAUACUUUUUCGACAGCGCUACAGCAUCAUUAAACGAAUGGGAGACCGAAAUCCACCUUUCCUUCUUCCAGUUAAAAGAUGAACAUUACGAAAUUCUCGAUCCAAUCCCUCGACCAAGUUUCGUGUCGUGGUACGAACUGUCAUGA